GCUAGCUGUAACUCUGUUUGUCCUCCAGGUGGCGAUGUAGCCUCAGCUAGCUGUAACUCUGUUUGUCCUCCAGGUGGCCAUGUAGCCUCAGCUAGCUGUAACUCUGUUUGUCCUCCAGGUGGCCAUGUAGCCUCAGCUAGCUGUAACUCUGUUUGUCCUCCAGGUGGCCAUGUAGCCUCAGCUAGCUGUAACUCUGUUUGUCCUCCAGGUGGCCAUGUAGCCUCAGCUAGCUGUAACUCUGUUUGUCCUCCAGGUGGCCAUGUAGCCUCAGCUAGCUGUAACUCUGUUUGUCCUCCAGGUGGCCAUGUAGCCUCAGCUAGCUGUAACUCUGUUUGUCCUCCAGGUGGCGAUGGCGGCCCCGCCCCCCCAGCCGUUCCCCACUGUGGACGUCCCUGACCACGCCCACUACACCAUCGGCUCCGUCAUCCUGGCCAUCGGCAUCACGGGCGUGCUCGGGAACUUCCUGGUGAUCUACGCCUUCAGCAGGAGCCGCAGCCUGCGGACGCCGGCCAACAUGUUCAUCAUCAACCUGGCCGUCACCGACCUGCUGAUGUGCCUCACCCAGUCGCCCGUCUUCUUCACCACCAGCAUGAACAAGAGGUGGAUCUUUGGAGAGAAAGGCUGCGAGCUCUACGCCUUCUGCGGCGCCCUCUUUGGGAUCUGCUCCAUGAUCACGCUGAUGGUGAUCGCCAUCGACCGUUACUUCGUCAUCACGCGCCCUCUGACCUCCAUCGGCGUGUUGUCACGGAAACGGGCGCUCCUCAUCCUGCUGGCGGUGUGGACGUAUUCGCUGGGCUGGAGCCUGCCGCCGUUCUUCGGCUGGAGUGCCUACGUACCUGAAGGUCUCCUCACUUCCUGUACCUGGGACUACAUGACCUUUACCCCCUCGGUGCGGGCCUACACCAUGCUGCUCUUCAUCUUCGUCUUCUUCCUGCCGCUCUUCAUCAUCAUCUACUGCUACGUCUUCAUCUUCAGAGCCAUCCGCUCCACCAACCGGGCGGUGGGGAAGCUCAGCAGUUCUCGGGACGCGGUGAAGAGUUUCCAUCGCCUGCAGAACGAGUGGAAGAUGGCGAAGAUCGCUCUGAUCGUCAUCCUGCUCUACGUUGUGUCCUGGUCGCCGUACUCCGCCGUUGCCCUCACCGCCUUCGCAGGGUACGCGGACAUGUUGACCCCCUACAUGAACUCCGUCCCCGCCGUCAUCGCCAAGGCCUCCGCCAUCCACAACCCCAUCAUCUACGCCAUCACACACCCAAAGUACAGGCUGGCUCUGGCCAAGUACGUCCCGUGUCUGGGCGCGCUGCUGUGCGUCCGUCAGCGCGACCUUCGCUCCUCCAGCAGCAGCUUCCAGUCGACGCGCCGCUCCACCGUCACCAGCCAGAGCUCCGACAUCAGCAGCCAAUACCGGCACGGCGCCGCCAAGGCCCGCCUCUCCUCCGUCUCUGACAGCGAAUCGGGUCUGACGGACACGGAGGCCGACCUGUCCAGUCUGGGCUCGCGGCCGGCGAGUCGCCAGGUUUCCUGUGACAUCAGCAGAGACACCGCCGAGCCGCCAGGCAGAAAACAGUCGACCAGCUUGAAGGCCAAGCUGAGGAACCACGACUCAGGAAUCUUUGAAAAGACGUCGUUUGACACCCUGUCCAUGGGAGGAGUCGGUGAACGCAGCAGCGUCCCAAAUAGCGGGGACGCCUCAGAGGGACACCUGAUGAGGGGACAGAUCGGCCGGAUCCCCAGCAUCGUCGUCACCUCUGAGACCAGCCCCUUCCUGUCCAUCGGCCGGGCCGGGUCGCGGACGUCCCGGCCCAAAGCCUCCAGCGGCAUCCUGGGGGCGGGGCCAGGGUAGAGCCCCGCCCACCGGUCAUGUGACCGGCUCAGAUCCAAGCUGAUGAAACCAGAGUUUAUAAAUUAUUCAAGUUUAAAGUUAUUUUAAUGCAACAGAGAUCUGUCGACCUUCAUGAAGACUGAGGGAAAAACUAAACUAAAUAAUAAACAAAACUAA